ACACACACACACACACACACACACACACACACACACACACACACACACACACACACACACACUCUCUCUCUGGUUUACAGACUUACGCACGCAUGCUGUCCAGGCAGGCCAGGCUGCUGUCAUAUGCAGGGCUUGGAAUCCAGAAAGGGAGGGGUGAGGGAAUAAGUCAGGAGGAGAGGAGAGAUGGAGGGGGGCAGGCAAUGUCAACAGCUCGACUCCCAGUGCAGUCAGCUGAAAUCCAGACCUCCAUGCAGUAGCUCGGAGAGGGGGCAGCAAUGCAGGCUGAGCCGGGGUAUAGAGUAUAACUUCACAACGCCUGAGAGAUAGGACCUACUGCAGAAAGAGAAGAAUAUAAUGCAAUGAUAGGAUGUACAAAUUUUCCUGGGAAAUUUGUCUUUUGGGUUGUGUUGAUCGACCGUGAAAAGGACAAGCCACGGGCAGCAGUCUGAAGUAGAUCAUGCCCCCUAGAUAGCAGCCUCACCACCCCUUUACUCCCCCCCCCCCUUACCCCUCUCGUCCCCUACUCUCCAGUGGUCCACGAUGCCCCCGCGGAAGCGGACGCGCCCCGCCCUGGGGUUCCUGUGCUGCUUUGGCAGCAGCGAGCCCCUGGAGAUCAACCUGAAGGACAGCGUGCCCCUGCAGUUGCUGGAGUUCAGUGCCCCCAUGCCCCUGGCCGAAGAACUGCACGCACGUUUCUCUGAACUGGUGGAUGAAUUGGACCUGACAGACAAGAACAGGGAGGCAAUGUUUGCUCUACCUGCCGAGAAGAAAUGGCAGAUCUACUGCAGCAAGAAGAAGGAGCAAGAGGACCCCAACAAGCUGGCCACAAGCUGGCCCGACUACUACAUCGACCGCAUCAACUCCAUGGCUGCUAUGCAGACCCUGUUCGCCUUUGACGAGGAGGAGAUGGAGAUGAGGAACAAAGUGGUGGAGGACCUGAAAACAGCACUUCGGACUCAGCCAAUGAGGUUUGUGACGCGCUUCAUUGAGCUCGAGGGCCUCACCUGCCUGCUCAAUUUCCUGCGGAGCAUGGACUACGAGACGUCGGAGAGCCGCGUGCACACCUCGGUCAUCGGCUGCAUCAAGGCCCUGAUGAACAACUCGCAAGGUCGAGCUCACGUGCUGGCCCACCCGCAGAGCAUCAAUACCAUCUCCCAGAGCUUGCGGCAGGACAACGUCAAGACCAAAGUGGCCGUGCUGGAGAUCCUGGGCGCAGUGUGCCUGGUGCCCGAUGGCCACAAGAAGGUGCUGCAGGCGAUGGCCCACUACCAGAAGUAUGCCGCCGAGAGGACCCGCUUCCAGACGUUACUGAAUGAGCUAGACAGAAGUACGGGGCGCUACAGAGACGAGGUCAACCUGAAGACAGCCAUCAUGUCCUUUAUCAACGCUGUGCUCAAUGCCGGGGCUGGGGAGGACAACCUGGAGUUCCGCCUCCACCUUAGGUACGAGUUCCUGAUGUUGGGGAUCCAGCCCGUGAUUGACAAGCUCAGAGGGCACGAUAAUGCCAUUCUGGACAGGCAUUUGGACUUCUUUGAGAUGGUGAGGAAUGAGGAUGACUUGGAACUUGCCAAGCGUUUUGACCUGACCCACGUGGACACUAAGAGUGCUGGCCAGAUGUUUGAGUUGAUCAAGAAGAAGCUGAACCACACAGAUGCCUAUCCUUACCUGCUCUCUAUCCUCCAGCACUGCCUCCAGAUGCCCUACAAACGCGGAGGGGGCAGUCUGCAGCAUUGGCAGCUCCUAGACCGGAUCCUGCAGCAGAUAGUCCUACAAGAUGAGAAGGGAGAGGACCCGGACAUAGCGCCCCUAGACAACUUCAGUGUCAAAAAUAUAAUUCGCAUGUUGUUCAAUGAAAAUGAGGUUAAGCAAUGGAGAGACCAAGCAGAGAAGUUCAGGAAAGACCACUCAGAGCUAAUGGCCAAGCUGGAGCGGAAAGAGAGGGAAUGUGAUACCAAGACGCAGGAGAAGGAGGACAUGAUGAAGACCCUCAAUAAGAUGAAGGACAAACUACAGAGAGAGGGAGUGGAGUUGCGGUCAGCGCGGGACCAAGUGCUCGACCUGCACUCGCGCAUCAGUGACAUAGCAGGUGACAGCGUACCUUUCCCUCCUCCACCCCCUGGUGGCCCCGUCCCCCCUCCCCCCAUGACUGGAGGCUUCCCUCCGCCCCCUCCCCCUCUGCCAUUCAGCUGCCCUCCUCCUCCCCCUCCUCCACCUGGAGGCCCUCCUCCUCCUCCUGGAGCUCCACCCAUCUUCUCUGGAAUCCCACCUCCUCUGGGCCCACCUGGAUUUGGUACUACUGCUACCAUGCGCUCAAAGUCUAUCCCGCAGCCCUCGCACCCGCUCAAAUCCUUCAACUGGGCCAAGUUGGGCGAGAACAAGAUCACUGGCACCAUCUGGCAUGACGUCGAUGACCUAAGGGCCUUCAAGAUCCUCGACCUCAAGGACAUCGAAAAGAUGUUCUCGGCCUAUCAGAGACAGCAAGAGCUGCUCACUAACCAAUCCUUCAAGCAGAAGGAAACCGGCUCGAUGGAUGACCUGUACCUGAGCACUCGCAAGGUGAAGGAGCUGUCGGUAAUCGACGGUCGGCGCGCUCAGAACUGCGUCAUCCUGCUCUCUAAGUUAAAAAUGAGCAACGAGGAGAUCAAGAGGGCCAUUCUAGAGAUGGACGAGCGGGAAGAGCUAGCCAAGGACAUGCUGGAGCAGCUGCUGAAGUUUGUCCCUGAAAAGAGUGACAUUGACCUCCUGGAAGAGCACAAACACGAGCUGGAGCGCAUGGCCCGUGCUGACCGCUUCCUCUUCGAGAUGAGCAGAAUUGACCACUACCAGCAGAGACUUCAGGCCCUGUACUUCAAGAAGAAGUUUGCAGAGCGCCUGGCGGAAACCAAGCCCAAGGUCGAAGCCAUACUGAGUGCCUCUAAGGAGGUGGUCCGCAGUAAGAGGUUGACUCAGACCCUGGAGGUGGUCCUGGCCUUCGGCAACUUCAUGAACAAAGGUCAGCGGGGCAACGCCUACGGCUUCAAGGUGUCAUCCCUCAACAAGAUCGCAGACACCAAGUCCAGCAUAGACAGGAACAUCACCAUGUUGCACUACCUAAUCAUGAUCUUUGAGAAGAACUACCCUGACAUCCUCCACAUCCAGCAGGACCUGCUCAGCAUACCUGAGGCAGCCAAAGUCAAUCUGGCUGAGCUAGAGAAAGAGGUGCACAACAUCAAGAGUGGACUGAAGGCUAUAGAGACUGAGCUGCAGUACCAGCAGAGCAGGACGACGGACCGGGGGGACAAGUUUGUCCCUGUGGUGGGGGACUUCAUCACAGUGGCCAGCUUCAGCUUCUCUGAGCUCGAAGACCUUCUGAACGAGGCCAAGGACAAGUUCACCAAGUCACUGAAGCACUUUGGGGAGGAGCAGGAUCGCAUGCAGCCCGAUGAGUUCUUUGGGAUCUUCGACACAUUCCUGGUGUCGUUCGACGAAGCCAGGCAGGACCUGGAGAACAUGCAGCGCCGCAAGCAGGAGGAGGAAAGGAGAGCACGCAUGGAAGUCAUGCUGAAGGAGCAGCGAGAGCGUGAACGGCGGGCCAAGAAGGGUGGCGCCACGGACGAGGUGGGGGGCGAGUUUGACGACCUGGUGUCGGCGUUGCGCUCUGGCGAGGUCUUUGACAAGGACCUGUCCAAACUCAAGCGCAACCGCAAGCGUUCGGUCAACCAGCUAGUGGAAGGGGGUGGCCGCGAAAGACCGGUCACCAAGGUCAAAUAUUAAUGACCCCUGGCCCCCAGGAGUCAUAGAUGAAAGGGAGACAACAAACAAUGUUGGCACUGUUUUCCUCACCGGUGAACUCUAGAGGUUAAGGGUCAGAGGGUAAGAUUGUGGGUGUCGGAUUGCCGUUUUGAUAUAGCAGCCACACAACCCAUCGGAAGGAAAGUAGAUUUUUAGUUGACGAGAAUUGCUCUUCUUCAAAACUCCACCAAGACACCUGACCCCAUCUUCAGAAGUGGACAACAGACACUUAAACUGACUGACAGACACACCACUGUGACAUGACUCCCUUUCCUCUUUAGACCACCUCUCCAUCCCCUUUUGAUCUCUCCAGAACUGUGCUCCAUGUCUCUCUUUGUCUAUCCCCCUCUUUCUCACUGUGCUCUUCCACUCACACACUCACACACACACACACACACGUACAUACUCUAAUCAUAAUAAUUUUAUAUCGCUCUUCAUUACAUAAGGAAAAGCUCAAAGCGUUAUAAAGCAACAACAAAAACAAACAAUAAAAAUAAAAUAAACAUAAUGAGAAAGUGCAUGGCAUGAUUGAGGUGGUCAGCGGAGGGAAGAGGUGGUCAAAAUGGAAGCAGCAGGCAGCACGUUGUCAUCACGGUGUCUCGCCAUCCACGCCGUCUGUGGUUUGGUAGUCGGACUCAAUCAGAUGAAGUUAGAGUUCCCUAAUAGCCACUGGACUAGCGAGCCAACUACUCUUCACUAAUACCAAAAUGCAGCACCCACUUGGCAGUCACAAGACACACAAUAGUAAUUCAGGAUUAGCCAGUCAUGGUCAUCUGUCAUCUCUUUACACCUCUGUAUUCUGGCUUCUCUCAAUCCUCAACAUCUGGAAAGUAGGUAUAAUCAAAUCAAUACAAAACAUUACAUACUAGCAAGCUAACAUUAGUUUUCUAGCUAGUCAAAAAACAACCGCCAAUUUCAGCCUUUAAAACAUGCUGGAUUCAGACUAUAAUAAUAAGCUAAUAGUUAAUUCAUAAAACCCAAAGUUUGUAGGGGAAAAUGCUAUUAAAGCUAUUAAUGACAACUAUUUACAAAAUAUACAGGAGCUCUCUGCCUACCCGACCUUACGGUGCCAUGGCAACCUAUUCUAUUUGUCCCUUGAUGGGUUGCAUCGCUCUGUGAGUUUUUGCUAUUUGGUGUAAUGACUGCUUGAGCCCAGCAGGGGGCAGUGGUUCUCUGUGGAGCCUCCUCUCUCGCUCUGUCUCUUACUCUCGUGGUGCUUAUACUAGUUGGUAGUAGCUUUACUUCUUCUAGUAGUGAAUGUAAAGAGACACAAGGAGUACUUCCCAAAAACUGCCAACAUUUUUGCAGCAGAUGCUUUGCUGCUGGUGUAGGCCCAUGCAGGAUUUGGGAGUAGGAUGUUGAGGUGACACAAUGGGGACUUCUGCUCAGGAGACGUGGCCACAUCGGCUGCCUUUGGGAACACUCUCUUCCCAAGUGCCUCUACCAUGUGGCAUUCCCGAGGACUCACUCCCAUACGGAAUUUCACAGAACGAGAGCACAACACUUCCCAGUACAAAUACGUGGGAGAGUACCCGUGCCCCAAGUUGACCUUUUACUAUUAAUUUGUCGUCAACAAUUUGAAGAAGAGAAGGAUUGUUUCGGCAGUACCCUGUGCCAAAGCAACAGAAAAACACUAUAUACAGUGUUUGUCACCACACAACUGAUUGGCUCAAACGCAUUGAGAAGGAAAGAAAUUCCACAAAUGAACUUUUAACAAGGCACACCUGUUAAUUGAAAUGUAUUCCAGGUGACUACCUCAUGAAGCUGGUUGAGAGAAUGCCACGAGUGUGCAAAGCUGUCAUCAAGGCAAAGGGUGGCCAUUUUGAAUAAUCUAAAAUAUAUUUUGAUUUGUUUAACACUUUUUUGGUUUUCAACAUUAUUCCACAUUUGUUAUUUCAUAGUUUUGAUGUCUUCGCUAUUAUUCUACAAUGUAGAAAAUAGUCUAAAUAAAGAUAAACCCUUGAAUGAGUAGGUGUGUCCAAACCUUUGACUGGUACUGUAUAUAUAUAUAUAUAUAUAAAACUAUAUAUAUAUUUACAAACAUACAAAUACUAAAAGCUCUGCAAUUAGGAAGCCGUUUAUAUAUUUAUAUUUAGAAGCAAACGUCCUCUAUCAAGCAUCAUCUAUGUUUCCUAACACAUUGAUAAAAUGGUACAUAUUCCAAUCGUGUUAGUUAACGCAAUGCAUUGUCACUUUUAUCCUCUAAUUAUAAUAAUAAUGUGCUAGGUUGGUUAUACCACAAGCAGCUAACUCCAUUCUGGUCAAAAUGGUGGUUACUGGUACUAAGAUUUGGAGGUCACGAUGAAAUAAUAACAAUAAUACGUAUAAUUGAAGGGGCAUCCCUUUUCUCGUCUCUUUCCCUUUGACUUUGUGAUUUGCGACCAUCCCAUCCAGUGGGAUCUCGGUGUAAAUUUUAACGUGAGGAUGAAUGUACACCGCACUUAAAAUGGUGAACGAUGUAUUGGAGUGGUCUCAAAGCAAAUGGGUAGCUAGCAAGUGUUGCGUGUAAAAGAAAAUAUGAUGCGCAACUGACUAUAGGACUGACAACAGGCAAAACAGACGAGCGGGCGACACCUGUGUUUUUAGCCUGGAAAGACUUCCUCCCUUUGUCCUUCCUCCCUUAUUCCCCAGGUCCCCAUGUAUCUUUUGGCAUAAGGGGUCAUUCCUCUGACCGUAAGCCAGUGGUUCAGACAACUCCAUGGAAGAACAAGGCCACACAGUUCACAUAGUGCAGCCCACUUGGGUAUUUUAUUUGUUUCUGUUUUGAUUUAUUCCUAUUAUCUAGUCAUACACAUUUCUAAUACUUUAGCAGUAGGCAGGACAAAGGCUGCGUGCAUGUGGACGUUUGGAUCUUAUGGCAGUCCUGGGGUUGGCCUGUAUAUGUUUGUCUGAGAGUUUGGGCUUCUGCGGUGAAGGAGGGAGGUUAGAGGGGAGAGCUCCAUUCCUGGGGUCAUGACUUCUCUUUGCCAUGAGGGAUUGGCUCCCAGACAUAGUGGUUAGGGAGAUGAGUCCAAGGGGGUAACUAAACCAUACUGUGGUCUGGACUGUCAAAUGAAGGGGCAGACAUACUGUAAACCUUUUAGACUCAAGAACAUAGUACACAUAUUACAUAGAAAAUAAACAUGUACAAAUUUACACAUUUUGUACAUUGAAAAUACACAAAAAUACAGUCACGUGAGCAGUGCCUGACACAUACUUAACCCCGCCCUACUCAUUCACACACAUAAACCCAGUCAAAAGAAAAUUCCUUUCCACUAAAAUUAAAGCAUAUAUCCUUAGGGAGACAUUGGAGCAGAUUCCUGGAGGGCAAAAAGCCUGGGAACCCCCAUGAAACCAUGCUAGGGAUCAGAGUGGAGCGGGCCCGAACACAAAAACAAACAUGGCCACCGUCCGUCAUCCAUGUCACAACGCUGGCUCUCCUCAUGCUGAGGCCGCGUAGCACAGGUCACCACUUUUCCACAUCCAUUGAACUCAAGUCGAAUUAGACGUUGAAUCUCAUGAAUUUAAAAGAAGAUAAGGCACUUUUCAAUAAUUGACCAUUCAUUGCACAGGAGGCCGGUGAGAGGAGGAUGGGUAGUAAUAAUGGCUGGAAUGGAAUAGUAUCAAACACAUGUUUGAUUCUAUUUCGUUCUAGCCAUUAUAUGAGCCCAUCCUCCCUAAUUAAGGUGCCACCAGCCACCUGUGGUCCAGUGCUAGAAAAGUUAGGCAAUAUUAUGGUUAUUCUUAGUUGAUUACAUCUGUGUUGUUCUAUGAUUGCCCCACCUGUUCUAUGGUGAUAGUUAUACAGUAUGUGUCCAUAUGUGAGGGGCCUAACAGUGCAGUAAGAGGAUUGGCUUUUAAGGGUAAAUUGGACACAUUCUGUGCUAAUCUCUUCGUACGUGUUUAACCCUCCCUGGUGAAUGGAGGAAGGCAGUGUUCAAGACAUGUUUCUUCUCCACCCAGGAACUGAGGGGGAAAAGGCAGGUCUGUCAUUCUAAUAGAGGACUAAAUGGCGUGCCACUUCAUAUAGUAUAUUAACAUGCGGCUCAAUACUGCCCUAUCUAAGCUUUAGAGACUGGACACUGGGUUGUGUGCAGUAGGCACGGAAUGGAAGAAAACCCUCUGAAGCAGAGUGAAACAUGGAGGUUCUAGCUGGUUGUACCUGUCCAAUGAAAAACACACAUUUUCGCUUUCCCCUCCUAAAGGUUUUGCCUAGUGUGCCCUAAUGAACACAACCCGGGGAAUUCUCAAUAGCUUUUUAUGAGGCAAAGAGGGAUGAAUUAACAACCCAUGUUGCAGUUUCGAAGCAGAUACAACUCAAACGGGUAUCCGGAGGUAGAACUAACAAUCACACUGAUCUCAAAAUGAAGCAGAAUCAUCAAUCUAAUGGCAUCACUGAUGUAAUAAAUACCAUGGGAACAAUGAGAAAGCGGGUGUUAUUUUGGUUUUGUUUGAUAAAACAAAUUUUAUGACAGUCCCACGUGUAUCUUAAACUAGACUGUGAUGAUUGCCUGUAUUGAAGGCGUAACCAGCUAACAUAACUUAAUUAACUCUCUCUUGUGGAAGACAAUCUUGUAAAACACUUUGAAGUGAUGUUGGGUAUUUCCAAUUGGGACACUGUUUGUGUGGCACACAUCCCAAACAGAGUGAAUUGAUACAAGUCAAGUCACUGUCUGGUGGCAGAAGUAAUUUUUAUGCAGAGUAAGCAUUUUACAUUUUAAUCGUUUAGCAGAUGCCCUUGUACAGAUUAAUUUAAAUAAUCCCACAGCACCCCC